UGUGUCUUGGCAUGGAAACCGCGUACGUGACUUCUAGUGAUUGACAUUUGUAUAAAUUGACCAGCAGCACCAUGCCUCAGACACAUUCGAUUUGUUGCCUGUGAGAAACUUACCAUGACCGGACUUUCAGGGUUGGCAGUGAUAUUGUGCUUGCUGCAGUACUCAGAUGGUGCCGUGACCUUCACAUCACCAACGACGGCAUUGUCGGGAUCAGGGGCAACUUGGACAGCAACAGUAAGCCUUGCAGAAACGAAUGUGGAAACAGCCACACUUUUCACGGUAGCAGCAACGACUGGUGAGACGAGUGGAGGUGUUACAUUCGCAUUUGCUUCUAAUGGCAAUCCAGACUCGAUUGCUACACUCACUGGCGGAGUUGUGAAACUGGCAGCCUCUAAAACCUUAGACAAGGAAGUGAAAUCAUCAUACACGUUCAAAAUAACCGGCGCCGAUACAGCGCCGUCUACUGCAACUAUAACAGUCGUCCUAACUGUGACAAACAAGCUGGAGUUUGCAAAGACAAGCUACGAAGUUUGUGUAGCUGACGGCACUGUUGCAGGGACUGUGAUUGGGACCUACAAAGUUGCUGAUGCUGUUGCAGGCACAGACGACGUAUCCUACACUAAUGCUCCUUCUACUGACCUGACUGUUGAGACCUCAACUGGCGCGCUCAAGGUUGCGACGACCAAAACACUGACUAGCGCUACUGGCAGUUACACAACAACGAUCACUGCAACCGCCGCGACUGUGAGCGGUUCUUCGGCGGCCGGUACAACUGAAGUGAAGGUCACGGUCGGAGGAUGUAGCGGAGCUGGACAGAUCAAAUUCAUGGCCAUUUUACUGCUGAUGCCACUGCUGCUCACACGUGUGUUUUAGUUUCUCAACGAAUGUGCAUUAACACCGUGGACUUGUCGAUUUUUUUUAAGUUCAUUGAGAAUGAAUAAAAUCAGAAUUCCAAGUUAUGUUAACGAGGUUUAUAUUGUCAAAAAAUUAUGGUGAUUUACAUGUAUAUUGUAAAAACAUGGAUUAAUUAAUUUUUUAAAUAGUUAUUACAUGAACAAUAUACUAUUUCAUAAAAUGCAUUGUAAAUUAAGAAUUCAAAAAGAAGCUUAAAUGCAAUAAGAUUUUUCAUAUGUAAAAUGGUAGAUUUUGAUAACAUAUAUACAUGGGCU